AUGGGGAUGAAAACGCGUGCUGCUGGCAGAAAACGACCUUCGGGACAACCAAAACAGACGACCGCCGUAACCGAUGGAGCACAACAAUUUUUCAUCGAUACCCAUGAACAAUUCGUCUCAACCAAAAAACAGUCUUGCGAUAAUUUGGAUUUGCCAACAUAUAUUCGGCGGGAGCUUGCGUUGCAUGAAGUUCACGAUCUGAGAUACAUAUUCAAUGCCCUGGAUACCGAACAAAAUGAAUACAUCACUGUUUAUGAUAUCAAAAUGGCUUUGUUUGCUCUCGGAUUCACACCAGAGAACUCAGGAAUGAAUGAACUUCUCCAAAGCAUCAAUCCACCGGAAGGACGUUAUUCGCUCAUAAAUUUCCUGGAAAUGGUUGUCGCAUUGCAAGAUAGUGGAAACGAUAAACUGGGAAUGAUCACGGAUGCGUUCCGAUACUUUGACCCAGGGAAAAUUUCCUUGGCAACCCUGGAGAAAUUGACUGUACAAGUUGGAAUUAAUUUACGAAACGAUGAUUUGGUGGACAUGAUCGAAGUUGCCGAUCGAAACGGAGAUGGUUACGUAGAUUUGUCGGAAUUUACCGAGCUCAUGUUGGGUACAAAUCUAUUUGCCUGA